AUGGAAUAAUCAAAUAAUUACGCACAGUCCCCUGCUGAUAAAUCAGAGAGCAUUUAAAUGCCGCUGGCCAGUGAAUAGGCCUAUAUAAAUUUUUAAUAGUUUUUAACUGACCUAUCUGAUAUUGAAAGAGAAACCAAGCUGGAAGAGAAGUAUCUAAAAGAUAAUUUCCGUCUCAAAGAGAUCCAUUCCACCCUUGAGCUCAAUGUCGUUGAGAACAUAUACAAUACUAUUCUUUAAAAGAAUAGAUAAAUGACAGAUAAAAGAAUGAAAAAGAACUGGACAGAUGAUGAAACUUCUCUGCUUCUAUGGAUUGUCAGAGUCAUUUCAGAACGCAAAGAAUAAGACCCUGAUAAAUUUAGCGAAGAAACUUGGAUGGAAAUUGCUAAAAUGAUUCCUUUUAAGGCAUUCGAAAAUUGCAAAUUGCGCUGGCUCUAUUUGAAGAAGAAUAGUGUUUAGUGCACUCCUUGGACAGAAGAAGAAGACUAAAAGCUCAAAGAAAUCAUAUAAAAAAAGGGUACAAAUAGCAACAAAUGGAAUGAAAUCGCAAAAGACCUUUACAACAGCUCUGCUUCCAAGACUUUCAGAAAAGGCAAGCAAUGCAGAGAAAGAUGGAACAACCAUCUUGACCCUGAUAUGAAAAGGGGUUAAUGGACUGACGAGGAAGACCUCCAUUUGCUCCAACUCUCAUAUGAAAACGGUAGUAAGUGGUCUUAUAUUGCUAAACAGCUGAAGGAGCGUACUGAAAAUGCAGUCAAGAAUCGUUAUAAAAGUCUUCUCAGGAAGGAAGAGAAAGAGAAUAAAGUCCAAAGCUAACAAUCGUUGAUCAGUUUGUCAUAGUGCUCUCUUGAGAUCAUCUCUUCAAGCUCAUCCACACAGAUCAUACUUACUCCCACAUUCGCUUAAUCUAUGAAGUCUCCUCCUACAUCCCCAGAAUAAAAUAAGAUAUUUAAUAUAAUUAUCAAAUUGAUGAAUAAAAUCAGCUUUGAUUGCAUGAAUCCUCAAAGUGCAUCAAGCCAGAACAGAUAACAAGAUGAAAGAAUAGAAGAGGAAGACUCCGAAGACGAAUGCGAUGAUUAAAAUGAUAAUGACGAAGAUUAAGACGGAGAAAGUCAUUCAUCAAAGUCCAAUUCUAAGAAUUAAAACAAAAAGAAAAAUACUAGCCAAAAAUAAUCUCUUAAAGAAGAGAAAGAAGAAAAAAUUCUAUAGUAAUAGCGCAAAUCCAGUAAUGACACUGAAAUGUAAAUUGAGACAAAGAAUGAGAACACUCCAACAGCAGCCAAUACAGAAUGCAACACUACAGAACUCCACUUGAGUGACAACAAAGUGACCACUUAAUCCACAAUCUUCACUCCUUCAAGCUCACCAAAUAGAGCAUUCUCUCAUACAAAAAACGAUGAUGAAAACAAUAUCAAUAAGUAACAAGUUUAUCACACUUCUAUUUUUGGAUAAAAAAAUGAUGGAGAAAGCUAUGUCAACUAAGAUGAUGUAACAACUGCUAACAACAUUUGCUAAAAUAAGACCAAAAAAGCAGAAUAGAAGACAAAAAAACCUGUCAAGCAAUCUAGAAAAAAAAAAUAAGAUGCUGAGUCUAAUGGAAAUGAUGAAUGUAAAAAGGGAAGUGUUAGCACAUUUUCAGAUGCAUUGAUGUUUUAACCUAUUUUAUCUAAUUCUCGCUCUUCUUCUCCUUCUUUAGCCAAUAAUAACAAUGGAGAAGCUAGCUGCAAGAAUGCUAAAAAGAAAAGGCAAUAGAAGCUAGAGAAAAAUGAUACUUUGUCCCUAACAACAGCAAGCACUGCAACAAACAGGGACAGUACUUUCAAUUCAAAAAAAAUAAAUUCUUUUAUUUAAAGAAAUUCAAUUAAGAGUUGCAGCACUCCUAUAGGGUCUAAUUCCGGAUUCAACCCUUACUAUUCUAGCAACGCUGCACCUAGUCCAAGUACUAUGCUAAUGAAUUAGCUUAGCAGUUUUCAUAUUCAUAGCACAGAAAAUACACCUUCUUCUACAAAUACUAAGAGAAGAAAUACAUAUAGUACUACAGACUUUCAAUCAGCUGCUUACCUUGAAAAAAGAAGAUAUGUUAAUAAAUUGGCAGACGAUGAAUCAGAAAACAGUCAAGAAGAAGAAAGAGGCUAGAGAACUAAAAAAAUAAUUGUACUAGCUGGAAAUGGAAAUAAGAUAUACGGAGAGUUUAGUUAAAAUAUUGCUACAAUUGAAGAAAGUGAUGAAACAAACAUUAAAAAAAUGGAAAUAGAGCAAGAUUCCAUGAGUCAGAAUCAAAUUAUUGGACUUAAUUUGCAAUAACAAAAUCUAUUACACUCAUCCAGUUCUGAAGAAAACAUGGUUAAUAAUGAAAAUUUAAACAACAUUAACAUUAUCAAAAAAACCUGCUCUUCAUAAAGCAACUCCAAUAACUUGAAAUUUAGUGGAAACAAUAGUGCAUUCAAGCAAUUCGGCUCAUCUCCUCUUCAAGGAUCUAUUUUCAAACCAUAAUAAACUAUUUAGCUACAUUCUCAACUAUCUCCUCUUUCUAAUUCCUCAAUCAUUCAGGAAACCAUGAAUAAUUCUCCAUUGAAUUCUGAGCUCUUAAUAUAAAAACUCAGCCAAUCUAACUUCUCCUCUCUUUGCAGUCCUUAAGCUAAGUAACAACCUAACUUAGUUGCAAAUUUAGCAUCCUAAAUACCUCUCACCUCCAAGCCAGAAUCAUUUCAAAACAAAGGAUUUUAAAAAAAUAAAAACUUCAAAUAACCAUCUCUUUUCUAGCCAACUAAUCCCUAAAUGAUACUAACCAAUAACCAACAAUGA